ACUGUAAAUCCAGUGGUUGUGUGUUUAGUAGACUCCUGUGCAAGCAUUGAGAUGUGGAGACAUCAAACACUGUCUCAUUACUGCUGGGCUUCUGCUGAUAGAUACGCCUGAGAUUAUCCUCAGCCUGACAUCACUCAACGCUGAUCUUCAUCUGUGAAAUAAAAUCAAUAAUGAAGAAAAGACUGAGCAGGAUGAAUGAGUGUGAGCGUGUUUCUUUAUGUCACAGGCAGAUGAUCUGAAGAUCAGUGUGUUUAAGGGCCGCAGUGUGUUUGGACUCACAACAGUCAGGAGCGGGACAGAAACACAGCAAACACCUGACGGACUGUAACGGGCAGGAGGAGGAGUCCAGGACAGAACCGGCUCUACUGGUGCAGCGUUUCACUCACAUUUAACUCUCCUCAGUGCCAUUCUUACACAAACACAAGGACAACAGACGAGCGAGGCAUUCGUCCACAGCUUCAGAUUACAGCAUGACGGAUAACGUGCGGCGUGUGAUGUCUAAAGACGGCCGCAGUAAUGUGAAGAUCGACAACGUGGAAGGGAUGGUCAAGCUCUUCCUGCACGACAUCUGGACCACGGUGGUGGACAUAAAGUGGCGUUAUAAGAUCACGCUGUUCGCCUCCACCUUCGUCAUGACGUGGUUCGUGUUCGGAGUCAUCUUCUACCUCAUCGGCCUGAGGAACGGAGACUUCCACGCCGACCCGUCGUCCAAUCACACGCCGUGUGUGAUGAAUGUGGACUCACUGACCGGUGCAUACCUGUUCUCACUGGAGACCCAGACCACCAUCGGCUACGGCUUCCGGCACAUCUCCGAGGAGUGUCCUCUCGCUAUCCUGACGCUGGUGGUGCAGCUGGUCAUCACGGGUUUGGCUGAGAUCUUCGUGACCGGUGCGUUUCUGGCCAAGCUGGCGAGACCCAAGAAGCGCGCGGGAACCAUCAAGUUCAGCCGGUCAGCGGUGGUGUGCAAGCGAGGCCGGAGCUGGUGUCUGAUGGUGCGCGUGGCCAACAUGAGGAACAGCCUCCUGAUUCAGUGUCAGCUCUCGGGGAAACUGCUGUCGACCCACGUCACACAAGAAGGUGAGAAGACCCUCGUCCAUCAGAGCAGUGUGGACUUCCAGCUGGACUCCAGCGGCGAGUGUCCGUUCCUGCUGCUGCCGCUCACCUUCUGCCACGUGCUGGACGAGCGAAGCCCGCUGAAGAACCUCACGGCCGACAACCUGUCCAAACAAGACUUCGAGCUGCUGGUGACCCUCAACGGCACCAUGGAGUCCACAGCUGCCACCUGCCAGAGCCGCACGUCCUACGUGCCGCAGGAGAUCCUGUGGGGCUACGAGUUCAAACCGGUGCUGUCCAACAUGUCCGGCGGGAAACUGGCCGCAGACUUCAGCUUCUUCGACAAGAUGCAGGCCUGCAGCGAGCUGCCAAACAUCCACAACAACACAGAGAAGCUCCAGCUGGAGGAGGAAUACAGACGGGAAUGAAGAGACCAGACCAGUGUCAAGAAUGAGCUGGAAAACUCCCCAAAUCAUUCUGGAAGCAUCCCGACUGUGAGCCAGAUCUGAUCUGAAGUGUUGGCUGCUUCUGUGGAAUACAGCAUGAUUCAACAGUCAAAACACUUCAGAUCAGAACGACCUGAUUUACUUAAUCCAUGAUCCUGGUCUUGCUGAGAAUGAUUCAUCAGUGACGGAAUCUGAUUGCUGUGAUCAAUAUAUAUUUACAUUUUUGUGGAAACCGUGAUACAUUUUAUUUUUCAGGAUUCACGGAUUAAUAAAGUUCAAAAGAACAGCGUUUAUUUGAAAUAGAAAUCUUUUGUCAUGUAGUAAAUGUCUUUACUGCUGCUCUCAAUCAAUUUAAUGCAUCCUUGAGGAAUAAAAGUAUUCAUUUCUUUAUUUUAUUUAGUUAGGGUUAGUUCACCCAAAAAUGAAAAUUCUAUCAUUUAUAAUGUUUCCGUUCCCUUGCUGUCUGUGCAGGGUUAGAGAUCUGGGAUUUCAUCAAAAAUAUCUUCAUGUGUUCUGAAGGUGAAUGAAGGUCUUUGGUUUGGAACGAUAUGAAGCUGAAUAAUUAAUGACAGAAUUAACAUUUUUGGGUGAAUAUCCCUUUAAAUCUUUCUGGCCCCAAAUCUUUUUAAGAUAAUAAUUCAGCUUUGAUCACAGGAAACAAUUACAUUUUACUGUCUCUUCACAGAGAAAACAGCUAUCUUAAAUUGUAGUAAUAUUUCAAUGUUUUUACUUUAUUUUUGAUCAAAUAAACGCAGCCUUGUUGAGCAGAAGAGACUUCUUUAUAAACGUCUUCACUGUAGUGUACAGUGUAUGGUUUUAUUGUGAAUGAUUAAUCAGUAAUUAAAUACUUCCUCCCCCAUCCAUUGUUCUUAUCAUUAUUCACUUCCACCAUCCAAUCAAUUCACGGUUCAUAUUUUCUGUUUCCAGGGUUUUCUGUAUAUUUCAAUCCAUUUCAAAUGUUUCAAAAUUGUUUUAGUGAUAAUAGUUUCAAAAGCUAUUUGAUCCAUGUUUCUCCUGAAAUAAAUGACACAUUGAUAGUAUUUGUGUUUUAAAUCCAACAAACUCUGAAAGAUACAUUGUCUUGAUGUAGAGCUCAAGAAUGUUGUGGCAACAGAGACGCUCAGAUGAC